AAGAAUAGUCACAGCGAAAAGAAAACCUGGAAACUAGGCUAAGAAUGGUGAAUCAGCUCAAAUCUACAAAGGUGACCAUGAUACUACUAUUUGUUUUGCUUGUUGUCAGCGUCACAUGCACAGUGGUAUGGUAUUUUCCAAACGUACGCGGAUUUCAAUUACGCUUCACGGAAUUGGAAGUCAUGACCGAGCAAGCUGAACACUCAAAGGAGGUAACGACUCAACAGGUCAAAGCUAUUGAAACAAACCUCUCCACGGUGGUUGCACCAACUCGCUUUAUCUAUCUAACACAAACAGAAAACUGUAUUCCAACCUAUCUAAAGUCUCCUAAAGUGAUUGGUGACUCUAAAGCGUGUCAGUGUGAUGUCAUCAUCCUCAGUUACAAAACGAAGUGCACUGACACGUCAUUGCCUCAUGUCCAAUACAUAUUCAACUCUAGUAAGUCUAUAACCUGGACUACUGGAAGAAACUUGCUUUAUGAAGCAGCCAAAGAAAGAAAAGAAAAGUACAUCUAUUACAUUUUCAUGGACGAUGAUGUUAAACUAUCACCAGUGGAUAUAAGUACAAUGAGUCCAUUUAGGAAGUAUGAGGAAUCUCUCAAGAUCUAUCAACCCGCUGUAGUUGUCAUCCUUGAUAAUUCCAAUCGAAACUAUUUCCCUAAACAAAUUUUUCCCGAGCGAUUGGAUUGUGAACUCACGGUAUACAUACAAAUAUAUAGAAUAGACGGCCUCUUUAUUGCCUAUCACUAUCAAGCGAUAGACUACAUACUUCCAUACAUACCGAAGUACGAUUCAGUGAGCUGGUGGUACUCACAAGAGUAUACGAACGUCAGAAUGAAUAUCCGGUUUAAUGGACAGGUAGUUACUGACCCUCGUUUUAGAGCACCUAACCCAAAGCAUCGUGACUACCAAAAGAGACCGCCUUAUCAGGAUGCCUUCGAUUCUUUUGUCGCUGAUGUUCGGUCAGAAGAACCAGAAAAGUAUCGAAAAUCAUUUGAGCCUAUUUUACAGCAAUGGUUAACAAAUCUUAACCCAAAAUGGAUGUUGGGCCAACAAACAUGCAAACGUGAUUUGUCUGUACAUCCAUAUAGACCGUACGAGAAUCUGACUUAAAAAUAAAAUCCUAAAAUUGACUACACAUUUACUACAGUAUACAAGUAUUCAUUUUUGUGUAUUUAUUUUUAGUAGUGUAAUAACUUCGCAUUGAGUUUGUCCCUAGAAGUUAUGUGGUCAAUUAUGGCUUCAAUAAUAAUAAUAAUAAU